AUGUUGCAUUCCCCUGUGCGUGGCACGAGUGACAGUUCCGAUGCCGCGAUCACGUCGCGUGGUGGCGUCCCUCCCCCAGAGCACGCCCCUCGGCAAGGAGAUGGCAACCAAGAUGCCAGUACCGACCGGAACAUUGGCGAGUUCCGAGGCAGAGCUCCGUCACAGCCUCUACCGAUGGGCAUCGAGUCAUUUGGCGAGCCGAUCGUCGAGGCUGUCACCACGUGCAGAGUUCCACCGUUUUGGAAGCAGCAGCCGGCCUUGUGGUUUGCACAAAUUGAAUCGCUUUUCCAAAUUUAUCGGGUCCGCUCUGAUGAUAGCAGGUACCAUCUUGUUAUUGGUGCACUUGACUCGGAGGUGAUUCAAGAGAUUGCUGAUAUUCUCGCCACACCACCAGAGAUCGACGAAUACGUCACACUAAAGACGCAGCUGCUUGCCCGUUUUGCUGACUCGGCAGACAAGCAGCUUCAUCGUCUGCUCACUGAUUUGGAGCUUGGAGACCGGAGGCCGUCACAGCUUCUUCGUCACAUGAAGACGCUCACAGGCAGCCGGGUAUCGGAGGAUGUUCUCCGUGUCUGCUGGUUGGCGCUCCUGCCACCAGCAGUGCAGCGAGUUUUGAAGAUCCUGCGGACAACUAGCCUUGAUGAACUUUCAUCGGUUGCAGACGAGCUCAUGGAGGGCACCUCCACACCACAGGUCCUCGCAGUCAUUACACCGCGAGUUCUUUCGUCAGUUCGAGGCAAUCCAGUUCACGCAGCCAGCAGCCAGGAUUCACCGUUUACAGGAAGCUGUGACGUCGAUUCAGCAGUCGGUCUGUCAUCUGACGACUCUGUUUGA